AUGGCGAGAUCGGCGUACGUGAGCCUCCUUCGCGCCACCAUCGCGCUCCUCCUCCUGCUGGCCCUCGCUUUUCAGGUGAACUUCCCAUACCAACAAGCUUGGGUCUUAAACUCCAGUCGCUUCGUCUUGCUAACAAUAACUUUCUUGGGAGUUUUUCCAUCCGUAAUUGAAACCUGCAGAGAUCUCGUCAUCCUAGAUCUUGGGAACAACAAGUUCUUCGGUGAUAUCCCCUCUUGGGUUGGAACAAGUGUUCCCCUUCUAACAGUUCUGAGCCUCCCAUCCAACAAUUUCAGUGGUGUUGUUCCACCCGAGUUAUCCCAACAUUCUAAUCUGCAAGUCCUGGACCUGUCCAGCAACUCCUUCUCAGGUGAGAUCCUCACGGCCAUGCCAGACCACAAUUGCUCCCUUGAGUCGUUUCAUAUCGCAGGCAAUGGCUUCACGGGCGCCUUCCCGCCGUUGCUGCAAGGCUGCAACUCCCUGGCCACCCUGGACAUUGGGAACAACCGGUUCUUUGGUGGUAUCCCUGCAUGGAUCGGGAGUCAGCUUCCAUCACUGAAAAUCCUUAGGCUUAGAUCAAACAAUUUCACCGGACAAAUUCCCCCAGAGUUAUCGAGGCUUUCGGAACUUCAGCUGCUCGAUAUGGCCAACAAUAGCUUGACAGGAUCCAUUCCGGCAUCCUUCCACAACUUGAACUCCAUGAGGCAUAAUCUUCCCCAGUUGGUCCAACCGAGGGAUUCCGCUCCUUUAAAGAUUAUGCCCAAUGGACGACCGCGAGUGGAUCAGUUCCCAGAGAGAGUCAACAUAUCCUGGAAGGGCCGUGAACAAACUUUUCAGAAAAGCAUCGGGUUAAUCACAGGUAUCGACCUAUCAUGUAAUCGACUUACGGAGAACAUCCCGGAGGAGCUAACAUACCUCGAAGCUCUCCGGUUUCUGAACUUAUCCAGAAAUGAUCUAUCAGGCAGUAUUCCAGAGAGAAUCGGCAGACUGGAGCUCCUGGAGUUCCUUGACCUCUCAUGGAAUGAACUUUCAGGUGGCAUUCCUCUCAGCAUCUCAAAUCUGCCAGCCCUCGGUGUGUUAAAUCUCUCAAACAAUCACCUACAGGGCCUCAUACCCACCGGGAAUCAGUUGCAGACACUUGCAGAUCCGUCAAUAUAUGGCAAUAAUCUAGGGCUCUGCGGCUUCCCCUUGAGCCCGUGUGAGCCUAGAUUGGGCGAGGGAACUGAAGACCACACAAAACUCGUAGACCUGGGGCUGUGUUACUCUGUAAUUCUUGGCGUUGUCUCUGGCUUCUGGCUUUGGUUUGGAGCUCUGUUCUUCCUGGAGCAGUGGAGAUUUUGUUUUCUCCGUUCUGUUGAUGGCUUAUGGGUCAAAAUAGGUGUCACCCGCUAA